CUGUGCCCGGCCCCCGCCACCGCCGUGGGGCAGCGGCGACACUAUGCUGACAAGCGGAUCAAAGUGGCCAACCCGGUGGUGGAGAUGGAUGGGGACGAGAUGACACGGAUCAUCUGGGCCUUCAUCAAGGAGAAGCUCAUCCUGCCCAACGUGGAUGUCCAGCUUAAGUAUUUUGACCUGGGUCUGCCGCACCGGGACAAGACUGAUGACCAGGUCACCAUCGACUCGGCGCUGGCCACCCAGAAGUACAGCGUGGCUGUCAAGUGUGCCACCAUCACUCCGGAUGAAGCCAGGGUUGAAGAGUUCAAGCUGAAGAAAAUGUGGAAGAGCCCCAACGGCACCAUCCGAAACAUCCUGGGGGGGACGGUCUUCCGUGAGCCCAUCAUCUGCAAGAACAUCCCGCGCCUGGUGCCCGGCUGGACCAAGCCCAUCACCAUCGGCAGGCAUGCCCACGGUGACCAGUACAAAGCCACUGACUUCGUGGUGGGCAAGUCCGGGACGUUCAAGAUGGUCUUCACGCCAAAGGACGGCAGCGGGGUGCAGGAGUGGGAGGUGUACAACUUCCCCGGCGGAGGCGUGGGCAUGGGCAUGUACAACACUGAUGAGUCUAUCACAGGCUUCGCUCACAGCUGCUUCCAGUACGCCAUCCAGAAGCGGUGGCCACUCUACAUGAGCACCAAGAACACCAUCCUGAAGGCCUAUGAUGGGCGCUUCAAAGACAUCUUCCAGGAGAUCUUCGACAAGCACUACAAGACAGAGUUUGACAAGCUGAAGAUCUGGUAUGAGCACCGGCUCAUCGAUGACAUGGUGGCACAGGUGCUGAAGUCCUCCGGUGGCUUCGUCUGGGCGUGCAAGAACUAUGAUGGGGAUGUCCAGUCAGACAUCCUGGCCCAAGGCUUUGGCUCCCUGGGGCUGAUGACUUCCGUCCUGGUGUGUCCGGACGGGAAGACCAUCGAGGCGGAGGCAGCCCACGGCACUGUCACCCGCCACUACCGCGAGCACCAGAAGGGCCGACCCACCAGCACCAACCCCAUCGCCAGCAUCUUCGCCUGGACGCGUGGCCUGGAGCACCGGGGCAAGCUGGACAGUAACCCAGACCUCAUCAAGUUUGCUCAGACGCUGGAGAAGGUCUGCAUCCAGACUGUGGAGAGCGGGACGAUGACGAAGGACCUCGCUGGCUGCAUCCAUGGACUCGCCAACGUGAAGCUGAACGAGCACUUUGUGAACACCAACGACUUCUUGGACACCAUCAAGAACAACCUGGACAAGGCCCUGGGCAAGUAGCAGUGUGGCAGGGAGUGUGUGUGGGGUCACCAGGACCCCCCACUGUCACCAUCACCCUGAUGGAUGGGCACCCAGCACCACCCACUCCCUGGCACAGCCCCCCAGCAGCCGAAUCAUUUUUGUAAGUGGUUGUCUUACAAGUGUCUGCAAACUUUUCUAGGGGUGAGUAGGGCUGAGGAAGGGU